UUUCUUCAUUCAUUUCCGACGCAACUUGUAAUAGAAUUGAAACAUUUCUCAAAUUUGUUUGCUAUAAAUAUCACUUACACAAACACUUAAUUAAGCACGCAACACUUGUUAUUCUUUUCGACCAUCUUUCCUUCAUAUAGAUUUUGAGCCAUGGCAACACCUUCCAGUACUUCUCUUUCAUUUGCUAUCCGUAGAUCCGAACCCGAACUCGUUGCUCCAGCCAAGCCCACACCACAUGAAUACAAACUAUUAUCCGACAUUGAUGAUCAAGAGAGUCUCCGGCUCCAAAUUCCGGUGAUCCAAUUUUAUCAGUACGAUCCCUCCAUGCAAGGGAGGGACCCUGCUAAGGUUAUUAGGGAGGCACUUAAACAAACCCUUGUGUUUUAUUAUCCAUUUGCUGGUAGACUAAGGGAAGGGGCUAACGGUAAACUUAUGGUGGAUUGCACUAGUGAAGGAGUGUUAUUUAUUGAGGCCGAUGCUGAUGUUACCCUUGAACAGUUCGGUGAUGCACUUCAGCCACCAUUUCCUUGCUUUGAUGAGCUCCUUUAUGAUGCUCCGGGCUCUGCAGGGAUGAUAAAUUGCCCAUUGUUGUUGAUUCAGGUAACACGGCUAAAAUGCGGUGGUUUCAUCUUUGCCAUCCGCUUCAACCACGUCAUGAGCGACGCCGCUGGCCUAAAACAAUUCAUGUCCACCAUGGGCGAAAUGGCACGUGGCUUGGUUACAACCUCGAUCCCACCCGUAUGGGAAAGACACCUCCUAGAUGCUCGAGACCCACCACGAGUCACUUUCACACACCACGAGUACGACGAAGUGGAAGCCAACAUUAGCACCCAGUUACCGGACAACCUGGUCCAACGUUCCUUUUUCUUCGGCUCCUAUGAAGUUCAAGCUCUUCGAAAGCUGCUCCCACCCCACCUUCGCCAAUGCUCCAAGUUCGAACUAUUAACAGCUUGCUUAUGGCUUUGUCGAACCAUUGCUAUAAAUCCUGACCCUGACGAAGAAGUGCGCAUGCUAUGCUUUGCUAACACACGUUCCAAAUUUAAUCCUCCAUUGCCAUUGGGAUAUUAUGGUAAUGCCAUCGUGUUCCCAGCAGCAAUAACAACAGCUAGAAAACUUUGCCAGAAUCCAUUGGGGCAUGCAGUGGAACUAGUGAAGCAAGCCAAGGCAAGCGUGACGGAGGAAUAUGUGAAAUCAGUCGCUAGUUUGAUGGUGAUUAGGGGUAAACGGCUGCACUUCCCAGCAGUGAUUGGUUCCUACUUGAUAUCAGAUGUAACAAAAUUUGGACUCGAUGACGUCGAUUUCGGGUGGGGUAAGGCAGUGUUUGGAGGACCAGCAAAAGGUCUUGGAGUGAUAAGCUUUUUCAUACGAGCCAAGUAUAUGAAAGGCGAAGUUGGAACUUUGGUGCCGAUUUGUUUGCCAGCACCGGUCAUGGAAAGAUUUGCUAAGGAAUUGGACAACAUGUUGAAGGGUAAAUCAUUUUUUAUUUCAUCUGCUAUGUGAAAGAAAUAGAAAUGUGACAUGAAGAGAGAAUGUGUGGUAUCAUGAUACUCUUCUUUAAAUUGCAAGGCUCUUGCCCAGUAUAUGUUUCUUCCCCAAUAUGUUGUAGCUAAUAACCACUUCAUGAUAAAUAAAAACGAGGAACAAUUAAUUUAAUGAUUUCAGAAGAACUAAAA